CAGCGUCAGUCUGGAGUCGCACAAUUAUGAAAAAGCAACCUUCCGUUGGAGCUGCAGCCGAAGCGGAUCUCUCCAACAUCCAACGGGCUUUCCUUCCAAGGCUAAUCGGGAGCACCGCCGAUAGAUGGAUAAAAGCCACGACAAAGCUCUUCCUGAAUCUCAACGGUGAAGAGAAUGUCCCAGAAACCCUGGAUAGAAAGCACUUUCACCAAGAGGGAAUGUGUGUACAUACUUCCAGUGUCAAAGGACCCCCACAGAUGCCUUCCAGGAUGCCAGAUUUGCCAACAGCUAGUGCGGUGCUGCUGUGGGCGUCUGGUGCGGCAGCAUGCUGGCUUCACGGCCAGCUUGGCCACAAAGUAUUCAGACGUGAAGUUGGGUGAAAAUCCCAACGUGCCCAUGCCCGAGCUGGAGGAGUGGUCAGUGGAAAAACACACAGAGGCGAGCCCCACUGAUGCCUAUGGUGUCAUCAACUUCCAGGGAGGGUCUCACUCAUACAGAGCCAAGUAUGUGCGUUUAUCCCAUGACACUCAGCCAGAGUGCAUCCUGCGGCUGAUGCUAAAGGAGUGGCACAUGGAGCUUCCCAAGAUCCUCAUCUCUGUCCACGGAGGAGUUCAGAACUUUGAGCUUCACUCCCGCAUCAAGCAGGUGGUGGGCAAGGGCCUCAUCAAAGCUGCAGUCACCACCGGGGCCUGGAUUUUCACUGGAGGGGUCAACACAGGUGUGGCCAAGCAUGUGGGGGACGCUCUGAAAGAACACUGUUCAAGAUCGUCAAAGAAAAUUUGCACUGUCGGGAUCGCACCAUGGGGAGUCAUUGAAAACAGAAACGAUCUUAUUGGGAAAGAUAUUAUUGCUCCGUACCAGACAUUGCUGAAUCCUCUGAGCAAACUAAAUGUUCUCAACAAUCUGCACUCCCAUUUUCUGCUGGUGGACGAUGGAACGAUGGGAAAGUACGGAGCUGAAGUGAAACUGCGGCGCGACCUGGAGAAGCACAUCAACCUACAGAAAAUACAUGCCAGAAUUGGUCAGGGUGUUCCUGUUGUGGCGCUGAUCUUUGAAGGUGGUCCCAAUGUGAUCCUGACUGUUCUGGAGUACCUUCAGGAGAGUCCUCCUGUCCCAGUGGUGGUGUGUGAAGGGACUGGCCGUGCUGCUGACAUACUGGCCUACGUCCACAAGCAGACAGAGGAGGGGGGUGGUCUUCCUGAUGGAGUAGAAACGGACAUCAUUGCAACCAUCAAGAAAACUUUCAACUUCAACCAGAAUGAUGCCAUCCAUCUCUUUCAGACUCUGAUGGAGUGCAUGAAGAGCAAAGAACUGAUCACCGUGUUUGACAUCAGCUCAGAGGAACACCAGGAUAUUGAUGUAGCCAUUCUGAGGGCCUUACUCCAAGGCACAAAUGCGUCUGCCUUCGAUCAGCUGGUCCUGACUUUGGCCUGGGACCGUGUAGACAUUGCCAAGAACCAUGUGUUUGUGUAUGGACAGCAGCUACUGGUGAGUUAUUUGGAGCAAGCAAUGCUGGAUGCACUUGUGAUGGACAGGGUGGACUUUGUCAAACUACUCAUAGAAAAUGGCGUCAGCAUGCACCGUUUUCUGACAAUCAAUCGACUGGAGGAGCUGUACAACACGAAACAGCCUCCUAACAACCCAACUCUCCUUCACCUGGUCAGAGAUGUUAAACAGAGUAAUCUGCCUCCAAACUAUAAAAUCACUUUGAUUGAUGUAGGUCUGGUUAUUGAGUAUCUGAUGGGCGGGACUUACAGGUGCAACUACACCAGGAAACGCUUUAGAACCAUUUACAACAAUCUUCAUGGCAACAGCAGGAGGUCUGGGCGCCACACAGUAGGACCUGGUUCUCAGUUAAGAAAAAGUCAUGAGACUUUUAGCAUGCAGGCUGAUAAGAAGGAGAAGACAAGACACAACCAUUUCAUCAAGACUGCACAGCCGUACAAACCCAAGUUGGAGUCAACUGCUGAGCAGAACAAGAAGAGAAGCAGAGAGGAAAUAGUGGACAUAGAUGACCCAGAGACGAGGCGGUUUCCCUACCCUUUCAAUGAACUCUUGGUGUGGGCAGUGCUGAUGAAGAGGCAAAAAAUGUCUCUCUUCUUCUGGCAGCAUGGAGAGGAAAACAUGGCAAAGGCGCUGGUGGCAUGCAAACUUUGCCGCUCUAUGGGCUAUGAGGCCAAGAAAAGCGACGUGGUGGAUGACACCUCAGAGGAGCUCAAGGACUACUCAAAUGAGUUUGGAACACUGGCAGUGGACCUGCUGGAGCAGUCGUUCAGGCAAGAUGAGACCAUGGCCAUGAAGCUUCUGACCUAUGAGCUAAAGAACUGGAGCAACUCCACUUGUUUGAAGUUGGCUGUCUCCUCCCACCUGCGGCCCUUUGUUGCUCAUACCUGCACCCAGAUGCUGCUAUCAGACAUGUGGAUGGGACGGCUGAACAUGCGCAAGAACUCCUGGUACAAGGUGAUUCUGAGCAUCUUGGUUCCUCCUGCCAUCCUGCUUUUGGAGUACAAAUCUAAGGCUGAGAUGGCUCACAUCCCUCAGAGUCAAGACGACCAUCAGAUGACCAUGGAGGACAGCGAGCACAACUUCCAGAACGUAGCUGAAGACAUCCAGAUGGAUGUUUUUAAGGAGGCCCGAUCCCAAGACCACGUGGAGGCGAAAAAUGACAUGGAGACACAAGUUCGCUCUCGAAAACUGCCCUUAACCAGGAAAAUCUAUGCUUUCUACCAUGCUCCCAUUGUCAAGUUCUGGUCUAAUACGCUUUUCUACCUGGGCUACUUGAUGUUAUACUCGUACGUGGUGCUGGUGAAAAUGCCAGACUGGCCUUCCCCUCAAGAGUGGGUAGUCAUCCUUUACAUCUUCACCUCUGCCGUAGAGAAAAUCCGAGAGAUGUUUAUGUCUGAAGCAGGCAAAAUAGGCCAAAAAAUAAAAGUGUGGUUCAGCGACUUUUUAAACGUGUCCGACUUUUUGGCCAUUGUGACCUUUUUCAUCGGCUUUGGAUUGAGGCUUGGUGGAGGCGAUACCUUCAUCCCAGGAAGAAUAGUUUACUGUCUCAACAUCAUCUUUUGGUAUGUGCGGCUCCUGGAUAUCCUGGCUGUUAACCAGCAAGCGGGGCCAUAUGUCAUGAUGAUUUCUAAAAUGGUGGCAAACAUGUUUUACAUUGUGGUCAUAAUGUCUGUUGUCCUGCUGAGCUUUGGUGUACCAAGAAAAGCCAUCCUGUACCCAGAUGAGGAGCCCAGCUGGACACUAGCCAGAGAUGUGGUCUUUCAGCCAUAUUGGAUGAUGUACGGAGAAGUGUAUGCCUAUGAAAUUGAUGUGUGUGCCAAUAACAGUGAAGAGGCAGCAAAAGCCCUGUGUGGGCCAGGAGUAUGGCUGACUCCUUUCCUGCAAGCAGUCUACCUCUUUGUACAGUACAUACUGAUGGUUAACCUUCUAAUAGCCUUCUUCAACAAUGUGUACAUACAAGUGAAAUCCAUUUCUAAUCUGGUGUGGAAGUACCAGCGCUACCACUUCAUUAUGGCCUACCAUGAGAAGCCUGUCCUCCCACCUCCCUUCAUCCUUCUGUGCCAUAUAUACUCCCUCUUCUGUAUGUGUAGAAAGAGAAAGAAGGAGAGUACCUACGGACCAAAGCUGUUUCUAACCGAGGAAGACCAAAAAAAGCUUCAUGAUUUUGAGGAGCAAUGUGUGGAGACGUACUUCCAUGAAAAAGAUGAUCAAUUUCACUCUGGGAGUGAGGAGCGCAUACGUCUUACCUCAGAAAGGGUUGAGACGAUGUGUUUGCAGCUGAGGGAAGUUGGCAACAAGGUUAACUUUAUAAAGCGUUCCUUGCAUACGUUGGACUCUCAGAUUGGACAUCUGCAGGACCUCUCAGCUCUCACUGUGGACACUCUGAAGACACUGACCGCUCAGAGGGCAUCUGAGGCCAGCAAGGUCCACACUCAGAUCACCCGGGAGCUUAGUUUGUCUAAGAAUGUGGUCCCAAGCAUUGCCCCUGUGCCAGCUGACUCUAAAUCAUCCAUGAUAUGCAAGCGCAGCGUUGGGGCCUACUUUGGGUCCUCUUUUCCCCAGGCAGGAGCCAACAUAGCAGACUCUCUUUUUGGGGCUGGCGCAGAAGGAGGGGCUGGGAUGGAAAGUCGCCGGAGAUUUGGGCCCAGCCCUGGGACAGAAAUGGGGCUGGACCCCAGCAUGAACCUAUCGUUGAGUCCCGAGAGGAGGGCCUUUUUAGGGCUUGGACACCUUGCUGCAGAGGCUGGCUCCUCAGGCAGUGCCGGAUCCAGUGCCUUUGUCCAAAGUGCUAUGGCCAUUUCCCCUCCAGAGCCACGCCUCCGAGGCCACUCCCUCACCCGGAGUAAGCUGACCCGUCCACAAGAGCUGCAGCUUUCGGACUCGCCAUCCAGCCUGCCCAGUGUGCCCUCCGCUGGUGCUCAUUUCCACAUCAGCAGCACCCCCUCCCAGCCCAGUGGCUCCAGCCACCUUGAACUUAUUGGGCUUAACCAGCAGCCCCAGGACAGCAUCUCUGUAGAGUUUGGGGCGUUUGUUGGACAUAAAGAUAAUUUGGACCUUCAGGACCCCAUGCCCAGAGAGACCCCCAGCAGACGGCAAAGCCCAACCACACAGACCAGAUCACAGGCUCAGCUUGAAGUUCAUGGUCAUAUCAGAGCAGUGAACUCGUACGCUGGCUUCACCGAGUUUGACAGAACUCCAGCUUUUCUUCAUCCUGAGUCAACUCUAACAAAGAAAGACAGGAGCAGAGUUUCUGCUGAAGACAUCCACAUCCAUGAAGACCCCAGAGCUGCAGUACUUGAACGAGUUCAGGUGAAAUCAGCCCAAGCCACCAGCCUAAGAACCUCUGGCGAAGAAACACUAAAUGCUUCCCUUUACAUGCCACCUCACACCCACCUCGGAGCCAGAAAGGACUCUAUCGGUUCCCCAUUCAAACCCAUGGAAAGCUAUCAAUACUCAGCUGUGGAGCGUAACAACUUGAUGAGGCUGUCUCAGAGUAUCCCCUUCACUCCUGUGCCCCCCAGAGGCGAGCCAGUGACAGUGUACCGUCUGGAGGAGAGCUCCCCCAGCACCAUCAACAACAGCAUGUCCUCCUGGACUCAGCGGGGCCUCUCUGCUAAAAUAGAGUUUCUCAGCAAGGAAGAGAUGGGUGGAGGACUCAGGCGCGCCCUCAAGGUGCUCUGUACUUGGUCAGAGUAUGGCAUCCUAAAAGAAGGACACCUGUACAUCGUCAAGUCCUUCCUUCCUGAGGUGGUCCAAACAUGGCAGAGCAUCUACAAGGAGGACACUGUGCUGCACCUUUGUCUCAGGGAAAUUCAGCAACAGAGAGCUGCUCAGAAGCUGACAUUUGCCUUCAACCAAAUCAGGCCGAAGACAAUCCCCUAUUCACCGAGGUUUCUGGAGGUGUUUCUGCUGUACUGUCACUCUGCUGGACAGUGGUUUGCCAUAGAGGAGUGCAUCACUGGCGAGUUCAGGAAGUUCAACAACAACAAUGGAGAAGAGAUCGUCCCCACCAACCUCCUGGAGGAGACCAUGCUGGCCUUCAGCCACUGGACCUACGAGUUCACCCGCGGGGAACUGCUGGUACUCGACCUGCAGGGUGUCGGGGAGAUUCUGACAGACCCGUCAGUUAUAAAGAGCGGGGAGAAGGGAUCGUGCGAUAUGAUAUUUGGACCUGCCAACCUGGGGGACGACGCUAUCAGGAACUUUCGUGCAAAACACCACUGUAACUCCUGUUGUCGGAAACUCAAACUUCCCGAUCUGAAGAGGAACGACUACACACCAGAUAAGGUCACGUUUCCACAAGAAGACCCUCCCAACCCGGGAGGUGGAGGCAGAGAGUCACGCCAAUCAAAUGAGACUGUGAUGCUGUGAUCAGAGAUACAGUGUAUGUGUGAGUGUGUGCGCAUGUCUGUGUGUGAAGGUGACAGGGUUCUGAUCAAUUUAAGUCGAAGCCAAGGAGCAGGAACGUGCGCCUAAACAACUGGAAGAAUCACCUUCAUGUUUCUAUGGAAACCUGAGCAUGUAAACUUUUUUUUCUUCUUUUUUUUUUUGGCCCUCCUGCCAAAAUGCUGUCAAACAACCUGUUUUUACUACAUAUAUGGGGGGAGGUUUUAAAUUUUUUUUAUAUACAUUUAUGAAUUAGUCUAUAAAUAUAUGAAAAUAAAGUGAUAUAUCAGCAGGUUCAGUGUCAGUGCAGAGGGUUUAUUUUAAAGUUUUAAAGGUUGCCUUGUUUAACAACAAAGAA